GUGGAUGUCAACAACCCGGAGACGUACGCAUUGUUGCGCAACGUCAACCGCGAUGAGCCCGUCAGAAGAUUGCGGAAGGAGCUCUUCCGAGUUCAGCAAUGGGUCAAGUACACUACCGAAGACUACGGUGCGGCGGACACCGAGUACGACCGGGUCAGGCGAGCACUUGACGAGGAGGACUCUCAGUUCCUUCUGCUCUCGAGGUUUGACGGCCGCGUCCCCACUGCAUCAGUACGCACUGCCCGCCGCAACCUCCAAGCAAUCGUCGAUGCAUUAGACGAUCUUUUGGCGCUGGUGCCCACCGCUGACCAAGAGGCUGCAAAGACUGUGGCGGAGAGCAGGGUAAUUCCGACAGCCAAGUCUGCCUGCCAAGAUUCAUGUUCUCAGAAAGCAUGCUUUCGGCAACCCGGGCUAUGGAAGUCGACAUCGUUGCGCAGCUGGCUCAUUUCUUGA